AUGUUUAUUGUUUUUGCAGCAGCAUUUUAAUUGUCAACUAGAAUCACUUAAGAUUUUAAGAUGCCAAUAUUAAAUUCAGAUCAAAUUAAUCCAUGGUUUUUAGAAGGUGAAAAUUUUAAUGAAGCUUUUGUUGAUUGGGAAGGAAAUCGAGUACGAUAAUUUCAUACAUUUAAUGAUAGUAAGAAUUAUAAUUUAGUUAAAAUAGAUCCAUACCCUAUAAAUAUCACUUUUAGAGUUUCCACCUAAACUGAAUUCUAUCCAUUUAUUUAGGAAAGUCUACAAUAACGAUAUCCAGAAGUAGAUGAAAUUACUUAUACUUUAUUACCAAAAUAAUCUUAUUAAUUAGCAAUUGAAUAUAAUUGUACAUAAUUUAAUGAGGAAAUCUAAUAAAUAGAUUUAAUUUUAAUGGAAUAAUCAUUUAAGAAUAAUCCUGAAAAUUUAGAUGAAUUAAACUAAAUAACUAUUCGAUACUUUAAAUAUUGUUAAAAUCCUCAUACAGUCAUUAUUGAUUUACAAAAUAUUGUAGCUUUAAUAUUUAUUUACUUUGCAACAUCUUGUAGUUCAUUAUUAUGCAUAAGAAAAAUAACUACUUAGUUUGAAUUUACUCCUAUUAAAUAAAUAAUUACACUUAUUUUGAUUCCUGCUAUUGGAUCAUUUCUAUUUUAUCCAAAAUUAAUUUCAUUUAUUCUAGCUUCAAUUGUAUUAUAUGAUUUUAUCUAAUAUUACACAAAAUCAUCAAUCCUUAGUUUAUUAUUAUCUCCAUUAAUUUUAUAUGCUUAAUACUGUAUAUCUCUAUUUAUUCACAUGGAAUCAUCUAAUUUAUACUCUUUGUUUUAAUAAUUAAUCCCUUAUAUUAUAACAAUUAUUUUACUAAUUUAAGUCAAUCGAGUAAACUAUAAAAUUAAUUUAGCGUAUAAUAAUCGCCAAUAAAUUCUAGCUAUUUUUAUUUUUUUGCAUAAUUUGGUUAACAGAAAUUUAUUCAUUAGUACAUCGAACACAAGUUGAUAAACAUUUAUUAAUUCAAAAUCCUUAUGAAUAACAAAUAUUUAUUAAAACUAAAUUUUCAUUUUUAAGUUAAACAAAUGGUGUAAUAUGGCAAUAAAAGUAAUAUUUUAAUAUAAAUUAGAAAUAUUGAUAUACAUUUAUAUUAAUUAAUUGGAUUAUCUUUAAUAUAAUCAUUUAUUUUUAGACAUGGAUUAUUCAAUAAAGAACAUAUUAUAAAUAUUAUUGUUGUUGGGAUAACUUAAUUUACUGGAUUAAUAAUAUUUGAUUUACUUUAUAGAUAUAAACAUAAUCCACCAUUCUUAACUUUAAUUACUGGAUUUAUUUUGUUAGGAAUGAUAAUAAAUUAUUUAAGAACAGGAUCAGGUUUAAGAAAUCCUUAUCUUGAAUUUGAAACAAUUGAAGAGAAAAUUAAGAUAUGA